GGGCGGGCGCUCGUACCCGUGAACUUGGCAUCACCCUGGCCGCCAGCGCCCCCUAUAAUAGCGGGGCCGGCGGCGCCCCCUGCCUCCAGAGCCGAGCCCGCCUCCGCCAGACAUGCUCCGAGCCUUGUGCCUCUUGGCCGUGCUGGCCGCAGCCCGCGCCUGCAAGCCCUGCACGUGCGGCGUGGCGCGGCGCGCGCGCGUGGUGGGCGGCGGGGCGCUGCAGCCGGGCGAGUUCCCGUGGCUGGCGGCGCUGCGGCGGGACGGCAAGGUCAUCUGCGGCGCCACCGUCGUCGCCAGGGACCACCUCGUCACCGCCACGCACUGCAUCUUCGAGAUCGAGGCGUCCCGUCUGUCGGUGCUGGUGGGAGAGUACGACGUGAACAGCACGCGGUCUGCUGGUCUGGCGGUGGCGCACGUGUUCCAGCACCCCGACUUCAACCGCUACACGUAUGACAACGACAUCGCCGUGCUACGCCUGGCUGAGCCGCUGCCGGACCACCUGUACCGCCCCGCAUGUCUGCCCAACGACGACAGCAGCCUCGAUGGAGUCAACGCGGUUGUCUCUGGCUGGGGAGGAACGGUGGAAAAGGGACCGCCGUCUAAUAUACCAAUGAAAGCGGAGGUGAACAUCUGGUCAGAGGAGGAGUGCAAGGGUGCGGGCUACGGGCGGCGGAAGGUGACGCCUCGUAUGAUCUGCGCCAACGCCCCCGACAGAGACUCCUGUACCGGCGACUCCGGCGGCCCGCUGCUGAUGACCCAGCCGUACCAUACUUUAGUCGGGAUCGUGUCCUGGGGUCGAGGCUGCGCUAGACAAGGCUACCCGGGCGUGUAUGUUAGAGUGGAUCGCUUCAUGCCGUGGCUGCAGGUAGCGCUGCGUCACGCCUGCACGUGCUCACCGCCCUCCAGUAGCUAACCUAGAGGCUACGUCUUUGCCAUAAUAUUUAAAAAAAAGCCGCGUCCCCUUUGCAUAUUUUUUUUCUUGCAUUGGUGACGUGGCUUAGAAUGUACUUUUUUUUAUUUAAGUUAACGACUGCAUCGUAAGUACUGGUUUACAACGUAAGUUACCGUUGUUUGUUGUGCUUGAUACUGUACAUUGUACAGUGUACGCGUAUGUUAUGGCCUAUUUAGAUAAUUAUUUAUUAUACUCUAGAAUACAUUGAAACAACCGUGCUGAAAAUUGGAGGCUAGUUACCAUUUUGUAUUUUCUUCCGU